UCAAAAUUAUACAACAAUUUAUUUAUGAGUAAUAACACGAAUGCGGAAAUAGAACCACACACACCACGAUAUGAACAACAAGAGACCAAAAACCUGAACAAUGAAGACCUCAACUCUGGCAGGCAUUUUUAUCGCACUGGUGAUGUUUAUUCUUCUCAUUAUAGGUAUUGUGCAGAUGUCAAAGUUUGCAGAGCAUAAAGGGCACUCCAACGUGAACCAAUGUCCACACAAGCUGAGUCAGAGACACGUGAUCUCCUUGAGUGAGCACCACUUGAAUAGAAGUGUCAUGAUGUCUCUCGGUGACCGGUUUCCCUAUGUCAUAGCCAUCACGAGGAACGCUACCAAUCUCUGGACGUUUGCCUGCUUCGCUAGUGUCAUACUGAUGCAGUGGAUCGUUACGUCUGCACAUUGCAGAGUCGCCGGCUACAUCCACCGCGCGAUCCUGUUCAACGACUUCGCCCACAACCAGACCUUCGCAUUUCCCAUCCUAUACUGGCGUCUCCACGAGAAGUACAACAGCUCUCUAGCCAAGUACGACAUAGCAGUCGCGAAACUGAACCUGCAGAACUACGAGCCGGUCAUGAGACCUGCAGUCUUCGACGAGUCCAUGGUGACUGACGUAGAAGCCAGUGUUUGGAAGACAGUCGCUACUAUGGACAAGAAGCUGUACCUUACCAACCAUUUUGAUAAAUAUGAAGUGAGAAUCACAGAUCCUGGCAAAUGUUACGAAAGUUAUGGAGUCCCAGUAGACGACAGCAUCAUCUGCAUCGAUACUUCGAUCUACGAAGAUUGUUUCGUACACGAAUAUGGACCUAUUUUCUCAGGAGAUAAAGUCGUCGGUAUCAUAGCAGUGAAACCUGUGGACUGUGAGAUGAAGGUGGCCAUCUUUACAAAUAUUUCCUACUUUACGAACUGGAUUCUAAGGACUACGUACGAUGGAUGA